AUGCGGGAUCUAAACGCAUACAACUGCAACAAAUUGUACGAGGACGUCGAGUGGUCAGGACCGGGUAUCGUUGGUACCCUCGUCGUCCUCGCAUUUGUCGACAUAAUGGUAAUUCUUGGCAAUGUACUUGUCAUACUCGCCGUUUACCACACUACUAAACUCCGCAACGUCACCAACAUGUUCAUCGUUAGUCUCGCGGUUGCUGAUCUCUUGGUCGGCGUGGCUGUGCUUCCCUUCAGCGCUACUUGGGAGGUCUUCAAGGUCUGGAUAUUUGGGGACCUGUGGUGCUCGGUGUGGCUGGCGGUGGAUGUGUGGAUGUGCACCGCGUCAAUAUUGAAUCUAUGCGCGAUAAGUCUCGACAGGUACUUGGCUGUUACCAGGCCAGUCAGCUAUCCUCAGAUAAUGUCACCAAAGAGAGCCAAGCUGUUGGUUGCAGCUGUGUGGGUGCUGAGUUUCGUCAUCUGCUUUCCACCUCUUGUCGGCUGGAAAGAUCAAAGGUCAAAUCCUCAACGAAAUGACGUAUCGACGUUGGAUGACAGUGGGCCGUACAAUGAAACGCGAAUUGUAGUACAGUCAAAACCGUGCCCCUGGAUAUGCGAGCUUACCAAUGACGCUGGGUACGUCGUCUACAGCGCAUUGGGAUCAUUCUACAUACCAACACUAGUCAUGUUAUUUUUCUACUGGAGGAUAUACAACGCGGCUGUAUCAACGACCAAAGCUAUUAAUCAGGGUUUCCGGACGACCAAGGGCUCAAAAAUGCUAGGAUCAAGAUUUGAUGAACAACGACUGACACUAAGGAUACACCGCGGACGUGGGAGUGUUUAUAAUGGUGGGGCAAAUCACAGUAGCACGAGCCCAAAAAGCCCAGAAUCAAACCGUAGUGCGUCAGUACGUAAAGACAAAAUAAAAAUAUCUGUUUCUUAUCCAAGUACUGAGACUCUUAAUACAAAGUGUAAUACUCUUGAACGUACACCGUCGAAGUGUUCCCAAAUUUCUGUGCACUACAAUAGCAAUGGACAGACACUGAGCCAUCUUUGUCCGUCUACGAGAGGUUCUCAUCUCAAGGUCGGAGGUAUAAACCGAGUAGGAAGCUCCAGAAGACCAAGCUGUAGAAGCAGUUGUGAGAGUCAAGUAACCGGAGACGAAGUUUCACUCCGCGAAUUGACUCCUGGCGGCGAAGAGAAGCCUCGGGUGAUGAGAAUGGGCAAGAGGAACAUUAAAGCUCAGGUAAAGAGAUUUCGAAUGGAGACAAAAGCUGCUAAAACAUUGGGAAUAAUAGUUGGUGGUUUUAUACUUUGCUGGCUACCAUUCUUCACAAUGUACUUGGUACGUGCAUUUUGCCCGAAGUGUAUACACCCAACAGUAUUCAGUGUUCUGUUCUGGCUUGGAUACUGCAAUUCAGCGAUAAAUCCAUGUAUCUACGCUCUCUUCAGUAAAGACUUUAGAUUCGCAUUCAAGCGGAUUAUAUGCAAUUGCUUCUGCAAACGAAAGAAAAAUUCAUUGCGACGUGGGAGCGACGGCAGCCAAUUGGCAACGAGGAGCGACAGAAGUCCCAACUAUUCUAACAGGACACAGCACCACGGUGUGUCAAUAGAAGAUUCAGACCCCGAGCACAUCGUCCACUCAGGAAGCGACUCGAGAUGA